GGUUGGUCUUCUCUUGACACGCCUUAGGAAAAGAAAUCCGGAAGAAAAUGGUUGUGGUUACUCCUUGCUGUAACAUUUAUUUCUAAUAAGUUAAACAUUUCAGUCUCAGCUCCUUAUUGUAAUAUUGGUCGAAUUUAUUUUAACGACGUCGUUUAAUAUAACGUCUGUGGCGAAGGCCAAACCUACUUCUGGAACAUGGCGGCGUUGGACGUGGAAGACGAAAGUAUUUUGGCGUCUAUUUUCAAGAACAGCUUCCAGGAUAGCUGGAGAGACAAUCCGGACUUCACUGUUUACCUUUCCGAACUGAGCUCUUUUGGAGUAGAAACGCUGAGUCGGGAGCCGGAGCGACUGGCGGAGGAGCGGGCUCAGAUCCUGAAACAGACCGAAGAGCUAGCCUUCUCCAACUACCAGACUUUCAUCCGCACGGCAGACUGCACUGAGCACAUUUAUCGGGACUUUGGCCGGGUAGAAAGCAGCGUGUCACGGCUGUUGGACAAACUUCCAGGCUUUGGAGAGAAAUGCAGGGGCUUUGUGAAGGAGGCAGAAAACAUUGGAGCAAGUCGUAGAAUGAAUAGCCUGACACUGAAUCGUCACACUGAAAUCUUAGAGAUUCUGGAAAUUCCACAGCUCAUGGACACUUGUGUACGGAAUGGAUACUACGAGGAGGCACUGGAGCUUGCAGCAUAUGUAAAAAGACUAGAGAAAAAACACUCAUCAAUCCAGGUCAUCCAAGGUAUUGUGCAUGAAGUGCUUCAGUCAACUCAGCUAAUGCUCAACCAGCUGUUUCAGCAGCUGCGCAGCAACUCGCCACUUCCCGUAUGUCUACGUGUCAUUGGUUACCUGAGGAGGAUGGAUGUUUUUAUGGAGGCAGAGCUUCGGGUGAAGUUCUUGCAGGCCCGUACUACCUGGCUGGAUUCAAUUCUUGCAGCAAUCCCCAAAGAUGACCCAUACUUCCACAUUACUAAAACCAUUGAAGCCUGCAGGGUUCACCUGUUUGACAUUAUCACCCAGUACCGUGCAAUUUUCUCUGAUGAGGACCCUCAUCUCCCCCCUGCUGGAGGACAUAUGAUGGUAGAUGAAGGUGCCAUCUUUCAUGGCUGGGUGGUGCAGAGAGUGGCAGAUUUUCUGGAGACUUUAGAGAGGGACCUUCAGCUGGGUGUCGGAGGUCGCCUGGACUCUCUGUUAGGCCAAUGCAUGUACUUUGGCCUGUCCUUUAGCAGGGUUGGGGCGGAUUUCCGUGGGCAACUGGCUCCCAUGUUUCAACAGGUGGCUGCAAAAACAUUUAGCAAAUCAUUACAGGAGUCUGUAGACAAAUUCCAAGAGGACAUGAACCUGUACACACUAAUCUCUCUGCCGUCAGCAAUGGGAGGGGCCAUCACAACCAUGACACCCAGUGUCCAGCCUGGAACCCUGCAACCCCCUAUGUCUCUACUGGACUUUCAGCCACUGGCAUGCUUCCUUAACAACAUUUUGGUCGCCUUUAAUGACCUUCGGCUCUGCUGUCCCAUUUCUUUGGUACAGAACAUCACCAAAAGUUUAGAGGAAACGCUGAUGACGGUAACUCGUCAGAUUCUGUUUUUUCACCGGACUGAGGAGACAGCAUUCAGCAGCAAAGAGAAGGAACUGUUUGUUCAGUUCUGCUGCGCAUAUGCUGAAGAUUUGCUGCCAUUUCUUAAUCGCUGUCUGCAGGUCCUGUUUCCUCCAGCACAGGUUGCGCUCCUUCUAGGCAUUGCUCCAACACAGCUGCACAGGUAUGACAGUUUGGGCUGCAUCGACAUCGCCGCUGUCCUUAAGCCUUUGGACUUCUUGCUUCCACAGAGAGAAAUAUUGACUCUGCCACCAGUGUCCACAGUUGAUGUUGCCAAUGAGCUAAACAGUUUAAAGUAUGACACACAGCCCAAGGAACCAGUACUAGAUCUAGAUUCAGCACUGCCAGGCUCCAGUCCCAAAGAAACUGAGCUUGAGAGCCUCCUUGCACUGACAGAGCCAUGCUCGGCAGAUCAGGAUAAUGAGAUGGUGUCAGACUAAGGCUUUUUUUUUUUUUGCAGUGACAAACCUGGUGCUGGAGAAUAAAUGGGAAUAAAUAUGAAUCUGAUGGCAACAGUCAACCGUUUAAAGUUUUAGUCAUAACAAAGGAUCCUGGGAUCUGGUGAUAGAGCUCUUUACUUUUUCAGGGUUUUGUAUACAAAAAAAAAAUCAACUUUAAUGGGGGAAAAAAAUGCUGAAAUGAACACAUUUUACUUUUUGAUCAGUAGAAAAUAAAUGAUGUUAUUUAAUCAUUGUGUAAUGCUUUGACUAAAGUUGAGAGAGUUGUUGCAGAUGUUGGGCUUGACAUGUAAAGGAAGCAAUGGGAAGUAGGUGGUCAAAUUUCAUUGUGACUUUAUGUUUGACAAUAUAAACAGAUAAAAAUCUGGAAAUAGAGUUAGGGCUAAGUAGGUUGUCUUUGUGUUCUUAAUUUUAGAGACGUAUAUUUACCAGUACAUCUGCAUGUACAUUUUCUUAAUCUAAAGAAACCUUCUGAAAGACAAUUAAACCAAGGAUUGGAUCCUGCUUCUCCCAUUGUGUUAAAGUCAUGCGUAUUAUAAUUAGUAAUUAUAAUUUUCUAUCCGAUAUAACCAAGAGGGUCUUUGGUUGCACCAUAACUCACCAUCUUUCCUGGUAAGCAACUGUGAGUGUGGUCCUUGACCAAGAGGGUGACAGCCGAUCUGGUUUGGGUAGAGUUGUCAUAUCACCUUAAUUGUGUUUCUUGGGCAACAAAUCCUGAUGUUGCCCAUCCAGGUCACAGUUAAGGGUACCGGAAUUCCAAAU